AUGGCACAGCUGGACGAUGAGGAGGGGGUAGCGGUGGCACCCGGGCACCCGCCCGCGAAUGGAUACCUCCUGGUCCCGGGGGGCGAGCCCCCCGGAAAGCUAAGCGCCGAGCCGCAGAACGGGCUCAAAGCCGGCUGCCUGACCCUGAACGGAGUGUCUCGGGACAGCCUCGCGGCCGCCGCUCAACCCCUCGGCAGGCCUCAGACUCCGCUGGCUCCAGAGGAGGAAACCCAGACACGGCUGCUGCCCACGGGCCCCGGGGAGGAGACCCCCGGGGCCGAGGGCUCCCGGGUGCCCCAGACGGCGCUCUCUGCGCGGCGCUUUGUGGUGCUGCUGAUCUUCAGCCUGUACUCGCUAGUGAACGCCUUUCAGUGGAUCCAGUACAGCAUCAUCAGCAAUGUCUUUGAGGGCUUUUAUGGCGUCUCCUCCCUGCACAUCGACUGGCUGUCCAUGGUGUACAUGCUGGCCUACGUGCCCCUCAUCUUUCCGGCCACGUGGCUGCUGGACACCAGAGGCCUGCGGCUCACCGCCCUGCUGGGCUCCGGCCUCAACUGCCUGGGCGCCUGGAUCAAGUGCGCCAGUGUCCAGCAGCAUCUCUUCUGGGUCACCAUGCUGGGCCAGUGUCUCUGCUCCGUGGCCCAGGUGUUCAUCCUCGGCUUGCCCUCCCGCAUCGCCUCGGUGUGGUUUGGGCCCAAGGAGGUAUCCACAGCUUGUGCCACCGCCGUGCUGGGCAAUCAGCUUGGAACUGCUGUUGGCUUUUUACUACCACCAGUUUUAGUGCCCAACACACAGAAUGACACAGAUCUGCUGGCUUGUAAUAUCAGUACCAUGUUUUAUGGGACAUCAUCCAUCGCCACGUUUUUAUGUCUUUUAACAGUAAUUGCAUUCAAAGAAAAACCUCAGUAUCCACCAAGCCAGGCACAAGCAGUUCUUCAAAAAAGCCCUUGUGCUGAGUACUCCUAUAAGAAAUCAAUAAGGAACCUAUUUAAAAACAUUCCUUUUGUCCUUCUGUUGAUCACUUACGGUAUCAUAACUGGAGCAUUUUACUCAGUCUCAACAUUAUUAAAUCAAAUGAUACUGACAUAUUAUAAGGGAGAAGAAAUCAAUGCUGGAAGGAUUGGGCUAACAUUGGUAGUGGCCGGAAUGGUGGGCUCUAUUCUUUGUGGCUUGUGGCUAGAUCAUACCAAAACAUACAAACAGACUACUCUGAUAGUUUACAUUUUGUCUUUUCUGGGAAUGGUUGUAUUUACUUUCACAUUGGACCUUGGAUACAUUAUCGUCGUGUUUGUUACUGGAGGGGUACUCGGUUUCUUCAUGACCGGUUACCUCCCAUUGGGUUUUGAAUUUGCUGUUGAAAUCACUUACCCUGAAUCUGAAGGUACUUCCUCUGGUCUUCUUAAUGCUUCGGCCCAGAUAUUUGGAAUUUUGUUCACAUUGGCUCAAGGAAAGCUCACAUCAGACUAUGGUCCUAAGGCAGGGAACAUUUUCCUUUGUAUUUGGAUGUUUCUAGGCAUCAUUUUAACAGCAUUAAUCAAGUCUGAUCUCAAAAGACACAACAUAAACCUAGGAAUUACGAACGGUGAUAUUAAAGCUGUACCAGUUGAAGAUAGUCCCACAGAUCAAGAAUCCAAAACCAUGAUGAUAUCCAAGCAGUCAGAAUCGGCAAUUUGAGGCGAAGGAAAAAGUUAACAUCAUGUGAUAGUUGAGCAGUAAGUCUCGAUUUAUAUGUGACAGGAGGUGGAUACUUACUUGAAAAUUAUUAUGUGACCCUGGACUACAAUUCCUGUCUUGCUUCAUUGUUAAUGUAAAGCAAGAUUUUACUUAAAAUACUUGGGCUCGCCGCCUGUGAACACUACCGUUGAUGUACCAAGCGUCCCACUGUUAAUCUCCUGUCGCUGAUCAGAAAGUAAGCUUCUUGAUGUGUAUUUUCUGAAGGUGUUUUCUUUUUUACGGAAAAUGGAAGGUCAGAGGCUUUCUAAAAUGAUAAUGUGGAGGUCUGGUCCUUUUAAGUCACAUAGAAGUACAUGCCAUGCAGAACCCUGUGUACAUUAUAUUACUCACUGGCUCCCUUUCCAUUAUUCUGACCCAACUGUCCAGUCCACGUCAGUGGGCCUACCAACAUGGCACCUCUGAGCCCUCACAGGACAGCACUGGGACGAGACUUCCACAGAAACCUCUAGGAUUUUUCCAGUUUCCUCUGUUCUUGUUAAAUAAUGCUUUGUAACAUGUACUGUCAGUGGCCAUCAAAACUGUUCUUUGUUCACGCUGAACCCAUGACCUUGGUCUUAGACUUGUGUUCUAAUUAAGCUAAGGAGCCCAGACACAGGCUCAUUAUCUUGAGUUCUCUGCACUGCCUUCCUGUCAUGGUCUAAAUGCUAAUACUGUUCUUUUCAAUCCUACUUGAAAUAAGAGUAAUUUUGUACCCACUACCUUGUUCACCCUGUUUUUUUCAACACAGGCAUACCUCGGGGAUACUGCAGGGUCCGCUCUAGACCAUUCAGAAUAAAGCAAAUAUCACCAUAAGUGAUUGAGCUCAAUCCUUUGGUUUCCCAGUCCUUAUAGAAGUCAUGUUUACACUAUUCUAUAGUCCAUUAAGUGUGCAGAGGACUGAAAGAACAAUGUAUAGACCUUAAAUGAAAAAAGACCUCUUGCCAAAGAAUGCUAACCCUCAUCUGAGCUCUCUGCAAAUCAUAACCGCCGAUCCCAGAUUACCACACUAAAUAGAGUAAUAAUGAUAAACUUUGAAAUAUUGCAAGAAUUUCCAAAAUGUGACCCAGACACACGAGCAAGCAAAUGCUGUUGGAAAAAUGGCACCAAUGAACUUGCUCAAUGCAGGGUU